CGCUCCGCCCAAGUCCCGCCUAGAAGCCUCGCCUCUUAAGUACGUGCCGCGUGCGCAGUUUCUUACGGAAGCGGAAGCGGAGACCUGAGAGUGAAGGUCGCACCGGGGAGCUUAAGUUUUUCCUUCUAGCGUUAAGUCUGUGCUGCGCGGUCCCCCUUACUCCAUCUUUAGGCUCUCCGAGGUUCUGCGGGCGUAAUAGCCCAGCGCCCGCUGUCGGCCCCAAGUAAAUCCAGAAGUCGCCGUUACAGGUCAACCUCUAAAGACUCAACGUUGUCUGAGGAAGAAGCCCUGAAGAGGAGGGAGAGGAAAGAAAAGGAGUCAGAAAUGGCUCUUUCUCAGGAAUGGUUGAACUUCAAGGAUGUGGUCAUUGAAUUCUCUCAGGAGGAGUGGGAAUGCCUGGACCCUGCUCAGAGGGCCUUGUACAGGGACGUGAUGCUGGAGACCUACAGGAACCUGAUCUCUGUGGAUAUCUGUCUAAUACAUGUGGUCAAGCAAUUACAACCCAAAGGGAACAGUGAUCCAGGAGAAGUAUUUCAAAGAGUGAUCUUGGGAAGAUCUAAAAGUCGUGAAAUCAAACAUUUGUACCUCACAGAAAUCCAGAAAAAUAUGUAUGACUUUGAGUGUCAUUGGAGAGAUGGUGAAAGAAAUUACAAAGGAAUGCCUAUAACCCAUAAUGGAAAUCUCACUGAUAGAAGAGAUCCACAUGGUAGAAGGGAUUCAGGAAUCAAGCCCAUUGGAAAUAGGCUUGGAUUAAACUUUCAGGGUAAACUGCAGGUAUUUCAAACUGACGGGUUAAUUUCUGAAUGUGAUGAAGUUGAGAGGUCCAUCAACAAUAGUUUCUCAUUUUCACCACUUCAAAGAAUUCCUCCUAGUGUCCAAACUAACGUUUCUAAUGUAUAUGGGAAUGAUGUUAUGCAUCCUUUAGUACUGACACAAGAUCAGAAAACACACAGGGAAAAAGAUUUUGAAUGUAUUGAGUGUGGGAAAACCUUUAGUCAUGGCUCAAUUGUCAGGAAUCGUCAGAUAAUCUGUUCAGAAGAGAUGUUACAUAAAUGUGAUGUAUGUGUCAAGGGCUUUAGUACAAAUUCACACCUUGCAGUUCAUGAGAGCAUUCAUACGGGAAAGAAACCUUACAAGUGUAGUGAGUGCGGCAAGGUAUUCAGUCAGAAAACAACCCUUGCAAAUCAUCAGAGAAUUCAUACUGGGGAGAAACCUUUCAAAUGUAACGAGUGUGGCAAAACCUUUAAUCGCUACUCAAACCUCAGUAGACAUAAGAUAAUUCAUACAGGAAAGAAGUUAUAUAAAUGUGAUGUAUGUGGCAGUGUCUUUAGUCGAAAAUCAAACCUUGCAGAUCAUCGGAGAGUUCAUACUGGAGAGAAACCUUAUAAAUGUAAUGAGUGUGGCAAGCUGUUUAGUUACAGUUCACACCUUUCAACUCAUCAGAGAAUUCAUACCGGAGAGAAACCUUACAAAUGUAAUGAGUGCGGCAAGGUCUUUAGUGAAAAGGCAACUCUUGCAAAGCAUCAGAGAAUUCAUACUGGAGAGAAACCUUACACAUGUAAUGAGUGUAGAAAGGCCUUUAGUCAGAAAGCACAUCUUCAGCUUCAUUGGAGAGUUCAUACCGGAGAGAAACCUUUCAAAUGUGAUGAGUGUGGCAAGGUCUUCAGUCGAAAUUCACACCUUACAAGUCAUCAGAGAGUACAUAUUGUAGAGAGACCUUUCAAAUGUUUUGAGUGUGGAAGAGCCUUUACUGAGGUGUCAACGCUCACUAAACAUCAGAAAAUCCAUACCUGAGAGAAAUUGUGUAAGUGUGAUAUAUGUGGGAAGGUCUUUAAAUCUCAAAGUAGAAAAGAAACUAUACAAAUAUCACGAGUGUGGCAAAGCUUUUAUGUGUGUAAGCCUCACUUAUGAUCAGAUAAUUCAUACUGGAGUGUUAUAUUACAAAUGCAAUGAGUGUCUCAAAGUGUUUAGUCAAAAUGCUUACCUUAUGAUCCAUGACAGAAUUCAUAUUGGAAGAAACUGUGAGAAAUGUAAUGAGUGUGGUAAGUUCUUAAGUGUGCUUUCAGGCCCAACUUGCCAUCAGCUGAUGUAUACAGGUGAGAACCCUUAAAAAUAUAAUGAAGGUUGUAAUGCUUUUAGCAGCUGUUCACAUCUUAGGCUUCCUGAGAAUAUUCAUACUGGAUAAGAGCCCAGAUACACGUAUUUAAUGUGGUCAGGCCGUUGAUAAUGCAUUCUGGAAAGAAUCCUCACCAGUGCCGUGAAUGUGAGAAAUCUGUUCUCAUGGCUCACAUCACACCGAUAAUCAGGUAGUCUGCACUGGACAGAAUGUUACAAAUGUACUGAAUUUUGCAAAGCUUUUAGGUUGUGCCUUAAACUCAGGGAUCAUCAAAUGCUUCAUUCUUUAAAAUGCGAUGAAUAUGUCAAAAUUUAAUAUAUUGCUUAAUUGUACUUAGAUACCAGAAUAUUUAUCUUGGAGAGAAGCCACACAAGUGUAAUGUGUGUGGCAAGGAUUUUACCCAAACAUCACAGUAUGUUUUACCCAGCAUACUGGAGCGAUAGCUCCCAAAUGCAGUGGGUGUGGCAAAACCUUUACGUUGAGUUCAAGUAUUAGGGAGCAGCAGAGAGUCCAUAUUGAAGAGAAGCCAUAGAAAUGUGAAUGGAGGCUUUAUCCAGGCCUCCCCACGCACUGGACUUUAGAUACACAUCUUUAAGAGAAACCACACAAAGCAAUAUGCGUGCUAAGGCUUGUAACUGAAGAACAAAACUGUGGAACACAGGAUUUAUGUUGGAGAACAAGAUGUCAAAUGUUAUGAAUGUUGUAAAUACGGAUACAUCCAGUAAGUUUGGUGUAAUGAGAGAAUUCAUACAGGUUAUAAAGUGUAUACAUGGACACUCUUCAUGAAUCAGUUAAUUCUCAGCGUUUAACAAAAAAACUCAUGUUUGGGGGAAUUCUUACAAAUGUAAUGAAUUUGUUGAGUUUUUCAGCAGUUUUUUCAACAGACCACACAUCAGAGAAUGCAUACUUGGAAGAAACAAGUCUUUAGUUCUCUGAGGUUAACCUGAGAUAUUAUAUACUGCAGAGUCAUUACAAGUCACAAUGUGUUAAAAGAUAAUGUGUAUGUGAGAGGGAGAAGGGCAUGUGUUGAAAUGGCCUGUUGUCUUCAGUGUAUAAAUAGUCAGUUAUUCGGGUUUUCUUGAAAAGACUACAUUCAUAUUUACGCCUUUCAACCUGAAGUUUGAAGUAACACAGAAGAACAAAUCUGAGUCUAUAUCGGACCUGUUUCUUUUACUUUAACCUUUGUAUUCUCUUGCUUUCGGUAGAAGUGAAUCAGUAAAGGGAUGUUGCCUGUAAGCUUAAAUUAUACAUCAUGGGCCAUCUCUGGGAACCCUGACUUCCUUGUAAUGAGCAUUAAAGUAAAAUACCUUUUUUAGCUCCCAAGAAACAUCCUGACCAGGCCCUCCUGUGAAUGGCUUCAGGAAGGAAUUAACACAACCCCUCUGGAAUGUCAACAACAAAUCAAUCAGUCAAUCUAAGAAAGAAAUGGAAAAUUUUAUUCAAGCCAAAUUUGAGGAUGGUAACCUGGGAAGAGUGUCUGAGAAAGCUCAGAACUAUUCUGCCCAUUAGAAAUCAAGGCACAGGGCUUCUCUGGUGGUGCAGUGGUUAAGAAUCCACCUGCCAAUGCAGGGGACAUGGGUUCGAGCCCUGGUCCGGGAAGAUACCACAUGUCGCGGAGCAACUAGGCCCGUGCGCCACAACUACUGAGCUUGUAUGCUACAACUACUGAAGCCCGCGCACUGCAACAAGAGAAGCUACCUCAAUGAGAAGCCCACGCACCUCA